UUCAUUACGCGCGGUCGACCGGGUUGCAGGAAUCAUCUGCGAUCUCACUGUACGUUUAUACUGAUAUUCGCAGAAUCUUAAAACGCGGAUACAGACAAUUACAAGUGUGCCGAAAUGUCUAAUCUCGCUCGUACAUUGCGUCCUUUCUUGAGAUGCGUUCGUAGUCAGAGUCAUCAAAGAACCUAUGCAAACGCUGCAGCUGAUCAAAUGAAAUUUACGUUUGCUGGUGCUAAUCAGGUGUUCUAUGAUCAAGCUGUAAUUCGGCAAGUCGAUGUACCCUCCUUCUCAGGUUCCUUUGGUAUUCUACCAAAGCACGUGCCUACAUUAGCAGUUUUGAAGCCUGGUGUAGUUACAGUUUACGAAGAGGAUGGCUCGUCCAAGAAAAUUUUUGUUUCUUCUGGUACAGUCACCAUUAAUGAAGAUAACAGUGUACAGAUUCUAGCAGAAGAAGCCCAUCCAGUAGAACACCUUGAUAAUGCAGCAGCAAGAGAUAUUCUUAAUAAAGCUCAACAACAACUUUCUUCAGCAACAUCGGACGUAGAUAAAGCUGAAGCGGGUAUUGCAGUUGAAGUUGCAGAAGCACUUGUGCAUGCUACACAAUAAAUGUUAUAAGAAUGUGAAAUUACAUAUAUAUAUAUAUAUAUACUUCGACACUAUCAGUUAGAAAAAGGCAUGUGUUCAACAUGUUUAUCAUAAUAUUGUU